AUGGUGCCAGUAUCAAAGAUGGACAAAAACUUUACUCUUAGCUUGGAAAAUACCUUUAAAAGAGUCUUUGAAACGUAUAUGAAUAAUUGGCGCAAUAAUGUGUCGGCGGAAAACAGCAAGCUAGAAGACACCUUAAGUGCGGAGAACUUUGACUAUGUGAUCCUGUACCUCAUGGUGAUGAUUGGAAUGUUCUCUUUCAUCGUUGUUGCCAUACUGGUGAGCACCGUUAGGUCAAAGAGAAAUAAGGACUCGGAUGAAAAAUAUGAAGACCCUUACCAAAGAUAUAUUGCCAACGACUGGACAGAAAGUAAAACCCAAUGCAUCGUCAUGGAGAAUGCUGUCGCGAGGUCAUACACGACCCCUACUUCUCCAUAAUAAAGUGUAUAUUGAAAUACAUUAAA